AUGACUACACCCGCGAUUCAGGAAAGAGCAAGCUUGUACGAUGUGGAAUCGUACUCGUUAUUGCGCGACUUGUAUCAAGAUACGUCUAAUGGUGAGUCGGUUUAUCCUUACACUUACACGCAAAGACUUGCUCUCAACUUCACCACUAUGCUGUGCUAUGCCACGAGAUUUGACAAUAUAAGGACCAAACUUCUAAAGGAGAUCCUCGAAAUUGUGAAGACUGUAUCCUCGUUUCGGUCUACAAACAAGAAUUUGCAAGAUUAUGUUCCAAUUGUGAGACUUUUGCCCGAAAACCCCCGAAGCAGACUUGCUGUUGAGUGUAGUAGGAUUAGAGACGAAUGGCUCCGAAAACUCACGCAGCAAGCACUCAAUCACAGACACGAUCGUGUGAGUAUUGUAGGAGACUUUGCGAGGUCUGACGGGAAAGGAAGAUUGGAUCUGGAUGAUAUUAAAUGCAUAUGUGUUGGCUUGGUCUCUGGUGGUUUUGAGACUCUUGGUUCAACGGGAGCUCUUAUAUUUGCUCAGCUCGCCACAGAGAAGGGAGAGAAGUGGCAAGAAAGAAUCUAUUCAGAUUGUAUUAAGCACUACGGCUCCGUAGAGGUGGCAUGGCAAAAGGUAGUACUUGAGCAAAAGAGUGAAUUCGCAGUGUCCUUCAUCCGCGAGCUUCUGAGAAUGUACGCGGUCAUUCCUUUAAUUCCCGCUAGAAAAACUGCAAAAGCUUUUGAGUGGAAUGGAGCUAUUGUUCCUGAAGGUACAACAGUGAUUUUAAAUGCACAAGCCGCAAAUCACGACAGAGAACAUUUUGGAGACACGGUGGAUGAGUUUGUUCCAGAAAGAUUUCUCUACGAAUCUAACGUCAACCGUUCUCCGUAUCAUUUCACAUUUGGUGCUGGAUCAAGGGCGUGCACGGCAGUUAAUCUUUCAAUCAGAAUACUAUAUGUCAUUUUGGCACGAAGCUGCAUGCUUUUUGAAAUUAAGAAGGAUGCGUCGCGUCCACCAGUCAAUGACUAUAUUGGAUAUGCAGCAGACCGAUCAGCACAAACAUACUGGCCAAAAGAUUUUGGUAUAAACUUGACGCCUAGAGAUCCAGCUACAAUGGAGAGGUGUUUUCGGAUAUCUCAAGAGGCCUGUGCUGAGCAAUUAUCGUACUCGUAUGAAAACGACGAUGUUCCUGAGAAAUUUAAGGGUGGUUUAUAG